AUGGUGCAAAAAAAUAUCUCAAACGGCAAUGGCAAUGGCAGCGCCAACGCCAACGACGGCGGCAUCCGUCCCCCGACGACGCCGCAAGCAGAUGCUCUCGCGAUGCACGCCCUGCGUGUGCAAUCUCUUCGUCAAGAUGCAUCCAUCACUGCACUUCGCGCCCAAGGCAGCCAUCGUAUCGUCUCCAAACUCAACGGCAACGGUGACAACCCGUUCAUCUCUUCAGAAACCAUGUCUGAGUCUGUUGCCAUCGAGCAGCCCGACCUCUCCAGUCUCACUGGGUCGCCGGGGCAGAAGCGGAAGCGAAACGAGGACAGCCCGGACGCGCUUCGUGCGAAGCGGACUGCCCCUCCGGCCGCCAUGACCGUUGACACGGCCGCCUUCAUCGAGAGCGCCAUUGAAGCGACGCAGGCUGCGGCUGUAAGUGGCGUGAAUGUCGCCGACUUCAAUGCACUGCAACGGGCCGCCGCCGCCGACCACUCCGAGCCGACAGACACGUCCAGCGCGACGACCACGGCUCAGGCAGCGCUUGGCAUGUACCCAACACUUCACGUGCCACCGUCCACCGAGGAGCAGUUCGCCGCCCAGGUGGUGGCGGAAACCGAGCAUCAUGAGCAUGAGCAUGAGCACGAACACGAGCAUGAGCACGAGCAUGGCCAUGGUCAUGAUCAUGACAACACAUUCAAUCCGGACAUGGCGGUGCCGGAUGGCAUGCUGUCGGAAACGGCCGACGCGCCCCCGAACCAGCAACAGCCGCCUCCGGCCCCCGGACCCAACGGGGUGCAAGCGCAGGGCCACCGGUUCGUCAGCUCGACCGGCACGCCAGCCGCGAAGCCUAGCGUCGGAUCCGAAGAGUGGCAUAAGAUGCGAAAAGACAACCACAAAGAAGUGGAGCGACGGCGACGUGAGACGAUCAACGAGGGCAUCAACGAACUCGCUAAAAUCGUGCCGGGAUGCGAGAAGAACAAGGGGUCGAUCUUGCAGCGUGCUGUGAGCUUCAUCCAGCAGCUGAAGGAGAACGAGCAGCAGAACAUUGAGAAGUGGACUCUGGAGAAGCUGCUUACGGAGCAGGCCAUCACCGAGCUCAGCGCCUCAAACGACAAGCUCAAGGCGGAAUGUGAGCGUCUCUACCGAGAGCUGGAGACGUGGAAGCGGGUCGCCCAAAACGCCGGCCUUGAGCCUCCCCAACCAAAGGAGGAGCCGGGUGCGGCGCCGAGCUAG